UUGCUGCACUGCUCAACUUACUCGCACAACUUUAACGAAUGAACUUCUGCAACACUGUUGUUCACAUUUGUUUUUGCUUUUGCUCCACUAACAGAACUCAUUGGGGCCGUAUUAUUUGUCUGUUGUUAUACUAGAAAAAAGUGAAAAUCGGAUUCGAAAGCCAUGUAAUGUGAGAAACCUAUAGUAAAGUGAGUUACGCGCCGCAUUUGUGACCCGAAGUUAGCACAUAAAAGUGUAGUAGUGCAAAGGUGCAGUUAACAAAAAAAAAAUAUUAGUACCUUUUAUACUAUUUAUAUGUAUUUAAGUGUAAGUGCAGCUGCCGUGUGUAUGUGCGUGUGUGUGUGAUUUAAACACAACUAUUUUGGCAUCAAAAUCAUCAUCAGCUGCAGUUAAAGCAGUUGAAGUGCAAUUUUUAAAUAGAACUCAGCCAAGCAGCAGCCGACGCCGCAGGCCAGAGAUGACGUAAACGACGCAGUGACAACAACAAAAGCUGCUGCACACAAACGAGUCCACUCACACACACUUUCCCCAGAGACCCCAAUCAAACGCCAACGAAAACGAAACUUAUAUUUUAGACUUGCAGCUGGAGCAGAAUGAGAAUACUAGGGCUAACACUUAGCCUAUUGCUGUUGGCAGCAAAUGCUGAGCGGGAUUUCAAUGCGAAUGAAUCGCAGGUGCCCGUCAUUGAGCCACAAGAUGCGCCUGCCUACAAGCAGCAUCCGUAUGUGACCGAGCUGAUGCGUUGCCAGCAGUCGCAGCCUGAGCUUGUGCUCUCGCUGCUGCUGCGCAAGCACGACUGGCAUGAGGAGUCGUCGACAAAGCGCGCCUAUGUGCAGGCCAAGCUGGCCAAGUUCUUUGCCAUACCACAGGAGUUCAUCAGCUUGGAUACGGUGGGCAAGCGUGAGCUCAGCAGCAUGCAUAAGCUGGCGCUGCGCAAGGGCGGCAAGGGGCAGAAGGAACUUGAUGCGCCGCAUAAGCGCUUAGGACGCGCCAGCUUUACGAUUGGCUGCGGCUCGAAUUACUUUAGCAUGGGUGAGCCCAUUGCCAAGCAGAUAGGACAUCAGUUGAAGGACGGCACUAUUGGCGCUUUGGCGGAGGAGAACUUUGGCCUUUGGUUUAUCUGGCGCAAGGAAUUGAAGUCGAGAUCGCAGCGUAAGCGACGCCAGUCGGAGGGCUCUGGUGGCGAUGAGGAUGAAUAUGAUUAUGGUGAUUAUGAGGACACGCCUGAACCAGUUACGGAGGUACCUACAACGCAUGCGCAUCGUCAUCAUCAUGGCGUGCAGAACAAGGAGGAAGCGCAGCAAGCUGUGGACUCAUUACCUUCAGUCGCGCCAGCCAACAAAUUGGAUGAGGAAAUCAAGGAAAGCGUCUCGGAGCUGGAGUCUGUCAUUAGCAAGACCAUUGAAAAUACCAAAAAUAUUAAGGAGCUGCCGGUGCUGAGCGCAGAGGAGGAUGCUGCCGAUGUGGAUGACGUGGAGCUGCAGCAGCUGGGCGUGCCUGCUGCGCCGAUAAUCGAGGAGCGCGCUAAUGAGCUUGCCAACGGGCUGGAACUCAAGGCAAACAUUGUGGAGCAGCAACAGCAGUCAAUCUACACCACAACUCUGGCGCCUGGCAGCAGCUACACUUUAGCUACGGUAAAAGCUGAAGAUGCUGCCAACAACAAUAACAACAACAACAACAACAACAAUCAGUUUAACACUGCCGCCGUCGCUGUUGAUGUAAACGAGCACACGCCAACGCCAAGCACCACACAAACGACCACUAACCACAACAACAGCAACAACAACAACAACAACAAUACACCACUUACACCAGUCACAACGUCUGUAUCCUCUGAAGCCAGCUCCUCUGUAUCCAAUUCCUAUACGCAUACAUCAAUCGCAUCCAUCAUUGAAACUGCUGAAGCGUCUGCAGUCGAUCCCUCAUACCCCUCAGCCACACUCACUCCCAGCAGCAGCAGCAGCAACAGCAGCAGCAGCACCAGCAGCAGUGCCGGCUCAAGCACUGAGAGUGUCAUAGACACUGAUAUGGCUAAUACCCAUGCUACGACAACAGCAGCAACAACAGCAAUCGAAACGACAACAGCAACAUACUCUUCAUCCUCUUCAUCUGCAUCAUCAACACCAACUUCAUUCUUACAUGCUUCAUCUACUACAACAACAACAACAAUUGCAACUAUGCCAACUACAACAGCAACUACAACAACAACAACACUUUCACAAACGCCAAAGGUGGCUGAUGACAAUGAUGCUGCUGUGGAUGCGCUGGAGGCGGCCAGCAAUAGCAGUGUGCCCAAUCUGGCGAGCAAUGAACUGUCUAGCACCAUUGGAUCAACAACUACAACAACAAGCAGCACAACUCAAGUACCAGCUGUCGAGCUAAGCAGCAGCACCUACGCAUCCACGGACUAUGUGGAGCCGGAGCCUAAACAACCCGAAACAGCUGAGAACAGUCUGCCCAUUAUCAAAAGUCGUUUGCAAAAGUUCGCAGUAACCUCGGGCAAGGCGUUCAGGUAUGAAGUGCCGUCAGACACUUUCUACGAUGCUGAAGAUCAAACCAACUUGCGUCUGCAACUGGCCGACAAGGAUGGACAUGAGCUAAAGCCCACAUCCUGGCUGCAGUUCAAUGCAGACAAGCGUGAGCUCUACGGACUACCUCUGGACGAUGCAGUGUCGCGCUGGGAAUACAAACUGUCGGCUACGGAUUCGGCCAACAACAGCGUUGCUGAAAUGGUGGACAUAAGUGUGCAGCAGCAUCGUGCGGUGCGCACUAUUAACCAUGAGAUUAUCAUUGAUGUGGUCAUCACUGAGCCGCUGAGCCACAACAUUGACUGGCAGCUGAAGCUUAUGGAUGCGGUGGCCAAGACGCUGGAAAAUGGCGACAAUCAUGCGCUGGUGGUGCGUGAGAUACGCCAGACGCAGCUGAAGCCACUCAGCGCCAGCUUUGUUUACUUCAAUGAAACGCUGCCCACUAGCGACUGCCCCAAGCAGGAGCUCAAUGAGAUUGUGGAUAUCUUGAAUGCCGCUCGCUUGAUCGAACUGGUAAAGCCGCUGCUAAGCAUUAAAAUGAUAUCGGGUCAGCUUAUUGGCGCCUGCCAGAAAACCGAGCUGGUCAACAAGGUAAAGCCCACCACAACGCAGGUGGCCAAGAAGGUGCCGCCCAUGCCGCGCAAUCAGGUGGAUCGUGUCAACGCUUCGGUGGGUCAGCUGCUGGUCUACAAAGUGCCCAGCGAUACGUUCUUCGAUGCAGAUGAUACGGAGCUCUCCCUAACGCUCAAGACGAAGGACAAUCGCAAUUUGAGCUCACGCCACUGGCUGCAGUUUGAUUCGAAGAAUCAGGAAUUCUUUGGCAUACCCAAGCCAGGAGACAGCGGCGCUGAGGAAUAUUUGCUGGUAGCUGAGGACAGCGAUGGCUUGAGCGCCAAUGAUGCGCUUGUUGUGGUCGUCAACCAUCCGGCUAAGCGUGACUAUGCCAUAUAUUUCAAGGCUUAUCUGGCUCUGCGCCAUGAGCAGUUCACGCCCGAGCUGCAGCGCAGAUUUGUGGAGCGCGUUGCGCAGCUGAAUGGCGACGCGAACACCAAGCAGGUGCUCAUCAAGUCUAUUAUACCGCAGCACGACUCCGAUGGCACCAUUGUCAACUUCUACAAUGCCUCGCUCUAUAAGUCGCACAAUCGUUGCCCCGAUCGCGCCAUGGCCGCCGCCCGCAGCGUUUAUCUCAAUAGCGAUUUGACGCCCCAUGCGGAUUUACGCAAAGCCUUCGGCGCCGAACUGAAUCUGACCAACUUUUCUGUUGUCGCUGCGGGCAUUUGCUCACACAUGGAUGGCAGUCUGAAUGAGUUUGGCCCGCCACGCAGCAAGGAUCCCAGCGCGAAGCCUACUUUCCCCGAGGAGUACUUGGCCACGUUUAUACUGCCCGCUGUUAUUAUUAUAGCCAUGAUACUGCUUGCCAGCAUUAUUGCCUGCUGUCUGCAUAGGCGUCGCCACAAGAGCGGCAAAAUGGAGCUGGGCGACGAGGAGGAGCGCAAAUCUUUUCGCACCAAGGGCAUACCUGUUAUCUUUCAGGAUGAGUUUGAGGAGAAGCCAGAGAUUGGCAACAAGAGUCCUGUCAUACUCAAGGACGAGAAGCCGCCACUGCUGCCGCCCAGCUACAAUACAUCCAACAUGAAUGGCGACAACGAUGUGGAUGAGUAUGUGCCACCGCCGGCUGUGGUGCUGGGUGGACGCGAGGUGCGAGGGAAAUCACCAGCCACGCCCUCUUAUCGCAAGCCACCGCCAUAUGUAUCGCCAUAAAUGUGUCAACGACAGCAGCAGCAGGAGCAGCAGCAACAACCACAAUAAGAACAGCAACAACUACAAUAAUCAUUACUUAAAAAGCGUUUUACAAACUUUAACUACAAAUUGUGCACAGUUUAUCUAGACCUAACCUUUAUACACAACAAACGAAAUGCGUUCGAUAAAUCGAAAUUUGUUCAAAAUGUCAAAAGUUGACAGUCCACAGCCCACAAGAAAAUCGUACCGAAAAUCGAUAACCGAAAUCUGAGUAUUAGCAACGUACACAAAACUGCGUAACAAUCAAUUAACGAUUUCAACUAAGCGACUUGGCAAACAAAUAAUUUAUAACUAUAACUAUAAUUAGCUAACACACUCACACACACACAUACUAUGCUGCAUAUUAUUUAAAUAGUAAGUACCUUAACUUAUAACAAACACUCAACAAAAAAGGAUUGAAAAUUUAGUAAGCAAGCGCAAGAGCUUGAAAAACACAUAUACGCCCCAAUUUUGAUAGUUUUAGCAUUUUAAGCAAACACAACACACACACACACACAAAAAUUGUCCUUAGCCAGCAGAGCUUAGAUUAAACAAUAAAUUUGUAAUGCAGCAAUUUGUAAGCGUUCAGCUUGAGCUGAAUGAUUUUACUACAAGAGCAGCAAGGAGCUUUUUACUUAUGUUUUAAAACCACAUUGCCAGCCACACGGUUUGUGCUGACAAUUGUAGGCAAUAUUUUAUAUAAAUUAUUCGCAUAAAUCAUAUCAAUUUGUAUGCUAGUUGCGUUAGGGACAAUGUGCUACGAUUGAGUUUUGCAUUUAGUAUGAAGCAGCAAAGAUUUUUUGAUACGAAAAAAGAAACAACAAAUAUUAUGCUACUUAAAUAUUUAACAACACAGCUGCCAAUUGUAUUGAAUAGUGAGUCGUAUUACCAAUCAAAAUAUAAAUAGUUCCAUAUACCUAACUUGGCUACUCAAGUGCUUCCUGCCUCCCACAGAACCACCACCCCACAACUAAACAUAUGCAACUUAAAUACACACACACACAAAUUGUAACUAA